GCGUGUCUCCUUUUCCGGCGCAGGCGCAGAGGAAAGUGAAGCGAGGCCUCAGAGCUCUUCUGCGGCCGCGGACUUGUUUCGACCGUUCCCUUUUUCUGUCAGGAAGCAGGAGCCCGUUUAAACCUCCGCCAUGGCGAUGCAAGCGGCCAAACGCGCUAAUAUCCGUCUGCCUCCUGAAGUCAAUCGGAUUUUGUAUAUCAGAAACUUGCCAUAUAAAAUUACAGCUGAAGAAAUGUAUGACAUUUUUGGAAAAUAUGGACCUAUUCGACAAAUCAGAGUAGGAAACACCCCAGAAACCAGAGGAACGGCCUAUGUUGUCUAUGAAGAUAUUUUCGAUGCCAAAAAUGCUUGUGAUCAUCUGUCAGGGUUCAACGUAUGCAACAGAUAUCUUGUUGUCUUGUACUAUAAUGCAAACAGAGCAUUCCAAAAGAUGGAUACAAAGAAGAAAGAAGAACAGCUCAAACUUCUGAAGGAGAAAUACGGAAUAAACACAGACCCACCAAAAUGAAACUCUUAAGCUUAAUGAGCAACUGGCUUUUUUGAACACUUUAUACAAAUCCCAUUGGUUGCUUUAGAACAACGUGAAUAUCUCCAUAUGUGUAUACCUAAUUUGCAGCAUAUUUAGUUGUUAAAUUUAAUUCAUUUACCACUUGGUAAUCACAGGUUUGAAAAGCCUUGUCACUGCUGCAUAAUCACAGUGACCAGUAUGUUGAAAAUUAAGAAUUGUCAUAGUGUUUGAUACACUGCUGUUGAAAUAUUCCAGAGGCUUACAAAUAGCUUGGUACAUCCUUGAUUAUAUUUCUUUAACCAUUAUAUUCAAGAGAACAUGUAAAAUACAUUAGUGUUAAUAUUAUGUUUUGAUUUGUGUUCAUAAUUGUAUUUUUAUUUGUCUUCCCCACAUGGUGUGAUGUGGGGACCUGACAGAACUGUACACAAGUUGAUUGAAAAUGAGGUGUGGAAGUCGGGAAUUCUAUUAUCCUUAGCCAAAUGGAAGUACAAAAUUCAUCUUAAUAAUAGCAAAACCAAAUAAGGCUGCCACCUCACAACUUGCAAGGAGCUCUUGUUCCUAAAAAGAACCAGCAGCAUUAAGUUUUGCUGCAGUGACCCAGUUACUUGUUUUCCUCUUCUAUUCUAAUGCUACAUUAGAACCACAAGCUCCAAAGCUCUUCAUAUUAAAGCUCUUUUUAAAAAUGUGGGUAUGCUGGGAAGUUGAGUCUUUAUGAAGCAUCAAAUUCUGUGUUAAAGCAGAUGUAGUUUUUCAGUUCUGCUAAUAUAGUGCACUGCUUUUUAAAACAACAAUAUUAUUUUGGAGUAAAAUCCCAUAAUUUUUUUUAAAAACUAGGCAAUUGUUCUGUGUGUUACUCUAUUAAUAGAUAAAACGGUCUAUUUUUGUUAUUAAUUUUUUUGUACUUCAAAAAUGUUGCUAAAUGUAUUGUUGAAGGCUUUCAUGGCCAGAAUCACUGGGUUGCUGUGAAUUUUCCAGGCUGUAUGGCCAUUUUCCAGAAGCAUUAUCUCCUGACGCUUCACCCACAUCUAUGGCAAGCAUCCUCAGGUUGUGAGGUAUAUUGCAAACUAUGCAAGGGAGAUUUAUAUAUCUGGAAGGUCCAGGGUGUGAGAAAGAACUCUUGUAUGUUGGAGGCAAGUGUGAAUGUUGCAGUUAAUCACCUUGAUUAGCAUUUAAAGCUUGGCCAAUUCCUGCCUGGGGGGUAUCCUUUGUUGGGAGGUGUUAACUGGACUAGAUUGUUUCAAGUUUAGAAUUCCCAUUUUCAGAGUGUUGUUCUUUAUUUACAGUCCUGAUUUUAGAAUUUUUUAAUACUGGUAGCCAGAUUUUGUUCCUUUUCAUGGUUUCCUCCUUUUUUUUGAAAUUGUCCACAUGCUUGUGGAUUUCAGUGUCUUCUCUGUGUAGUCUGACAUAGUGGUUGUUAGUAGUCCAGCAUUUCUGGAUUAUAAAAAUACUAAAAUAUAUGGAAUGAAUUAAUAUUUUUGGCACAAUUGUUUCUUUCACUUACCACUUUUUGUGAGGUUUGUACAUCUCAGUUAUGCUGUUUGCAUAAACUCUAGUCGUGUCAUUAAAUGUUUUUUAUAAGA